AGUUAAUGAAUGGGAUGGAUGACUCGAGUCAUGUUAGUGUGGCCACGGUACCACUGUGAGUCUGUGACAGUGAGACUGCAGUAGUUGAAGUUCUGAAGUACAGCUCUGUCUCUAGCACUCUCUCAAGUUUCAACUACCAGCAACACUGUUGUGCUUGUGCUUGUGCGUGUGCGGGGAUGAUUAAGAUGAUGAAGAGAGCCAUUGCAAUUAGGAAUUCAACGGCCAAUGAUACUGGUGGAAAUAAUAAGAUCUCUCUCUCACCCUCAGAUUUGGAAACUGUCACCGACAAAUAUGCAACCUCUUCUCCUCCUCUGACUUUGAUGCGUGUGAUGGGUUUCUUCGUCAUUUCCUUCAUGCUCUUUUCCGUUCUCUUCUCACUCUCCGUUGUUCUUCGAGACCCUCCCUCUGAUGCCGCUUUCCGUGAACAACCUUCAUCUCUCUUCCAACUUCAACAAACACAACAAGGUUUGGACAGUGAUGCCUCUCAUUCCGGUGAGUUGCUAAACGAUAAACUGCUUGGUGGUCUUCUAGCUGAUGGAUUCGAUGAAAAAUCUUGUCUCAGCAGGUAUCAGUCAGCUAUUUUCCACAAAGGACUAUCAGGAAAGCCUUCUUCUUACCUUAUUUCUAGAUUGAAAAAAUAUGAAGCUCGACACAAACUAUGUGGACCUUAUACCGAGUCUUAUAACAAAACAGUGAAACAACUCGGCUCUGGUCAAUUUACUGAGUCCUUGGAUUGUAAAUAUGUAGUAUGGAUUUCAUUUAGUGGGUUGGGGAAUAGGAUAUUGACCCUAGCUUCAGCAUUUCUUUACGCUCUCCUCACAGACCGUGUUCUACUUGUUGAUCCUGGAGUGGAUAUGACCGAUCUCUUUUGUGAACCAUUUCCGGAUGCUUCAUGGUUUGUCCCUCAUGAUUUUCCUCUUAACAGUCAAUUGAAUAGUUUCAACCAGGACUCGAAUCAAUGUCAUGGGAAAAAGCUGAAAACGAAAUCAAUUACAAAUUCUACUGUGCCAUCUUUUGUUUAUCUUCAUCUAGCCCAUGAUUAUGAUGAUCAUGAUAAGCUUUUCUUUUGUGAUGAAGAGCAACUUUUUCUGCAGAAAGUACCUUGGUUAAUUAUGAAAACAGAUAAUUAUUUUGUCCCAUCUCUGUUCUUGAUGCCAUCUUUUGAGCAGGAACUGAAUGAUCUAUUCCCAAAAAAGGAAAAUGUUUUCCAUUUCUUGGGUAGAUAUCUGUUCCACCCCACAAACAAUGUUUGGGGACUUGUUGUCAGAUACUAUAAUGCAUAUUUAGCUAAAGCUGAUGAAAGAGUAGGCAUACAAAUCAGAGUGUUUGACACCGAACCAGGUCCGUUUCAACAUGUAUUGGAUCAGAUCUUAGCUUGUACAUUGAAGGAGAAUAUUUUGCCCGAUGUUAACCGCGGGCAGAAUAUUAAUAGUUCAUUAGGAACACUAAAGUCAAAAGCUGUACUAAUGACAUCCUUAAGCUCUGGUUAUUUUGAAAGGGUAAGAGACAUGUAUUGGGAAUAUCCUACUAUGACAGGAGAGGUGGUUGGAAUUUACCAGCCAAGCCAUGAAGGAUAUCAACAAACACAGAAGCAGUUUCACAACCAAAAAGCUUGGGCAGAAAUGUAUCUCUUAAGCUUAACUAAUGUGUUAGUUACUAGCUCAUGGUCUACUUUUGGCUAUGUAGCUCAAGGGCUUGGAGGUUUAAAACCAUGGAUACUCUACAAACCGGAGAAUCGAACGGCUCCAAAUCCUCCUUGUCGACGUGCUAUGUCAAUGGAGCCAUGUUUCCAUGCUCCUCCCUUCUAUGACUGCAAGGCUAAGAGAGGAACCGACACCGGUGAACUUGUUCCACAUGUAAGGCACUGUGAGGAUAUGAGUUGGGGCCUUAAGCUUGUAGACAAUUAGUUUUACUUAGCUAGCUAUGACUUAUGCUACUGUGAGUCUGUGAGUGUCAACUCCUAGUCCUAGGUGUUGCAAAUUUUGUUGUACAAUAGAACGAGUAAUUCCUCAUAUGUAUAUUUUUUGUCCCAAAGAACUGUUAUACGUUCAUUCCUAA